AUGCUGGGUAAACAGCCGACGUACCGUACGUGGCCGGUGGACGUUUCGCCGAACGGAAAGGAGCGACAGAUAUAUGACUUUCUUCGUUGCGAAGCGGUUAAACAAGUCGCUGGUUAUUUUGACACUUCAUUCUGGACUGUCGAUGUUCUGCGAGCUACACAGGCGUAUCCAGCGAUUUGGCACGCUAGCCUUGCCAUGGCGGCUAUGCAGAAUUGGGCGACAUUUAACGGUGAUACAGAGGCAUCGCGACAAACCAGGCUCGACCUCUACCAGCUUUCACUAAGGCAAUAUAAUGCGUCAAUCAAGUAUCUAAGGAUAAUAACUCCCAAGUCUUACCCAACUUACUCUGAGCAAGAAACAAUUCUACUUGCAAGCGCUCUCUUUGCAAGACUCUGCUGUCUGAACGGCGACAUAAGCCAAGCACUGAGUCACGCGCAUGCCGGCAUCCGGUUAUUCUAUGAAUGGGAAUUCUGGAAGCAAGAAGAUCUACUGCCUGCAUCUCGGCAAAACUGUAUAUUGGCAGUCGAUUCACUUCUUGUAUUAUUCACUCAUCUCGAGAAUAGAUUUGUAUCCCGUUUGGGACGCAUGGAUAGACCUCGCUGGCGCCUCCUGGCCACCCCCCAGAGAUGCUCCAGAAAGCCAUUCGGCUCUGCAAACGAAGCGUAUUGCAACUUAAUGCGUAUUGUAAGAGGUCCAGGACAAGAGACACCCUAUCUCAAAACACCACUAGGCAUCAUGGGUCCUCUGCCACCGCUAAGCCUAGGAUUCAACUUCCGGCACGAAAUUGACAUUUGGAAGAGAAAUUUCGACACAUUCCGAAAGUCAAAGGCUUCUCAGGCAGAUAACGCAAACACUAUAUUAAUAUUACAGAUAAUAAUGUCAACAAUGGAGCCGUACUUAUUCCCGAGCAGGACGGGAAAACCGGCUCAGGAUGCAUGGCAAUCGUCAUACGAACAUAUUGUCGACCUGGCAGAGCAACUGCUUAACAGAAACGACAGAAAUGAGGCCCAGCUUCCAUAUCCCAAAUAUUCGUUUUUCACCAGUCAUUGA